AUGGAGGGAAAAAUUCUAAAUCCAGAAGCGACUAAUUUGCUUCAAAGAAUCAAAGGAUUUACUAGAUCGAUCGUUGAAGAUCUGGCUGAGGGACGAUCUCCGGAAAUUUCCAUCAAUCGAUUUAGGAACUAUUGCAUGAAUCCAGAAGCGGAUUGCUUUUGCAGCUCUGAUAAACCAAAGGGUCAGGAAAUUCUCACUCUUAAGAGGGGUUCCCAAACCUACAGAAUCGAUAUCUUGUUAAGAGUAUUGUUGAUAGUCCAACAACUUGUGCAAGAAAAUAGGCAUGCAUCCAAAAGAGAUAUCUACUACAUGCACCCAUCAGCAUUCAAAGCACAAUCAGUUGUAGACCGCGCAAUUGGUGAUAUAUGCAUCCUUUUUCAGUGUAGUCGGUUCAACUUGAAUGUGGUUUCUGUUGGAAACGGGUUGGUGAUGGGAUGGUUAAAAUUUAGAGAAGCUGGAAGGAAGUUUGAUUGUUUAAACAGCCUGAAUACUGCAUUUCCCGUUCCUGUUCUUGUAGAGGAAGUCGAAGAUAUUGUUAGCUUAGCAGAGUAUAUACUGGUGGUGGAAAAAGAAACAGUAUUCCAGCGUUUAGCAAACGACAUGUUUUGCAUGAUGAACCGCUGUAUCGUCAUCACGGGAAGAGGCUAUCCUGAUGUCUCUACAAGAAGGUUCUUGCGACUCCUCAUGGAGAAAUUGCAUCUACCUGUGCAUUGUCUAGUCGACUGUGAUCCAUAUGGCUUUGAGAUCCUAGCCACUUACCGAUUUGGCUCCAUGCAAAUGGCCUAUGAUAUAGAAUCAUUACGAGCACCAGAUAUAAAAUGGUUGGGAGUUUUUCCUUCAGACUCUGAGAUAUACGAUGUUCCGCAACAGUGUCUUUUGCCUUUGACAGAAGAAGAUAAGAAAAGAACCGAAGCAAUGUUGCUUAGAUGCUACCUGAAGCGUGAAAUGCCACAAUGGAGGUUGGAACUGGAAACAAUGCUGAAAAGAGGAGUGAAGUUUGAAAUCGAAGCACUCUCAGUUCACUCACUCUCUUAUCUGUCAGAGGUUUACAUUCCUUCUAAGAUUCGUCGUGAGGUAAGUUUCCAAUGA